CUUACUAUCGCAUUUACUCUCAUAACUGUGGCAAUAUAGUAAAGAAGUAGCAUCCUGUUUCGGGGAGCGUUAUACUUAGAUGGCAAGAUAAAACGGCAAUAUUUUGUUUGCACUGAUGGGGUGCGUGUCGAGAUGUAAUUAGUGUAAAUAAUACAAAAAGCCCGGAUAAAAUGACUAUGACAUGGAAGCGGGUAAAGGAACAAUUAGGAGUAGCUAUCUACAAUUUUGCACAUCCAACCCCAUAUGCAAUAAGCUUAACAGUUGGAGAGGUUGUACAGAUAACUGAAGAAUAUGCAGACUGGUAUUAUGGCCGUAGCAAGUUCAGGGGUACUUGUGGAAUCUUUCCAAAAUCUUAUAUACAUAUCUUACCAAAAUCAACAAAUAUGGAUAACUUAAUACAUGAGAUUACCAAUGUUUUAAGAGAAUGGGGACAUCAUUGGAAGCAUUUAUACAUAACACACUCCGAACACUUCAGGAUAAUUCAGCAACAAAUACUGGAUGUAAUAGGAUACAGGAGCAAGAUUUUAAGCGGCACUCUCACAGUAGACGAAUUAAAGGAUAUGAAAAGAUUAGCAACAGCAAGAAUAGACACUGGAAAUCAACUGUUGGGUUUAGAUAUGGUUGUACGGGAUGAUCAUGGGAAUGUAUUAAAUCCCGAAGAAACAAGCACCAUCCAAUUGUACUAUCAUCAUGAGACUGCUGCAGAAAGAAUAAGAAAAGCAUCUAAUGACACCAAGAAAAAACCUCAUAAGCCACAAGUACCUGUAUAUUCACAUAUCUUUUUCGUUAGUGUACGAAAUUUUGUGUGUAAAAUGCCGGAAGAUGUGGAGUUACUAUUGACAUUAUACGACGGUCGUGAGAUGAAAGCUAUCACGGAGAAUUAUGUUGUAUCAUGGAGCAAAGAAGGGCUUGCGAGAGACAUUGAUCAAUUGCACAACCUUAGAGUAUUGUUCACAGAUCUUGGUUCCAGAGAUUUGACCAGGGACAAAGUUUAUUUAGCCUGUUAUGUGAUUAGAAUAGGUGGUAUGGAAGCCAAAGAAAUAGAUCAUCGUCGUUCGAGCGUUGCACACAUUAAUCAGAGGUCUAAGAGUGCAGAGAACAUGAGGAGACCAUUCGGUGUGGCUGCAAUGGAUAUUACUCUAUUUAUCACUGGCAAGCUUGAAGGAGAUGUUGAACAACAUCAUUUUAUACCUUUUAUACAAUGCUGUGAGAAGGAUAGUCUCGACGGUACGCUGCGUAGAAUUCUCUCGCAAAAAGAAGCAAAUGUUCAAAAGAAUGUCAAUGGCAAUAUUGCAAAUGUCACAGGUGGUCAAGGAUUGUGGACUAGUUUGAAAUUAUUAAGAGGUGAUCCUAAACAAGUACGUGAUGAAAAUCCACAUUUAGUACUCGGUAAUGUUGCUAUUGCGCGUAAAAUGGGGUUCCCGGAAGUUAUUUUACCAGGUGAUGUGCGCAACGAUUUGUAUCUGACUUUAAUAAGCGGUGAAUUUAGCAAGGGCUCUAAGUCUACGGAUAAAAAUGUGGAAGUAACGGUUAAAGUAUGUAAUGAACAUGGAGUAGCAAUACCCGGAGUCAUGACAUUAGGUGGAGGUGCACCCUCGAUUGACGAGUAUCGUAGUGUUAUUUAUUAUCACGAAGACAAGCCUAGAUGGUGUGAAACGUUUAAGAUUGCUAUACCUAUAGAAGAAUUUAAGCAGGCUCAUUUAAAAUUUGCGUUCAAGCAUCGUAGUUCUAAUGAAGCAAAAGAUAAAUCGGAGAAACCAUUUGCUUUAAGUUAUGUGAGAUUAAUGCAACGCAACGGAACAACUUUACAAGACAUACAACAUGAAUUGUUAGUUUAUAAAUUAGAUCAGAAGAAGUAUGAUGAGAGUGAUAUAUCGUAUUUAAAACUGCCAUCGACACGUGGAGAAUUGGUUGAGUUGAACAUGGAAAAGAAGCCAAGUUUAGGAUCGUUAACGUUAAGUAGUAAGGAUAAUUUUUUGAUAGCAACCAAUGUUUGCUCAACUAAAUUAACGCAAAAUGUAGAUUUAUUAGGUUUACUUAAUUGGGCAUCGCACAAUACUGAUUUAAAGGAAUCAUUAGCUGCUUUAAUGAAAGUGGAUGGUGAGGAAAUAGUGAAGUUUCUACAGGAUGUUUUAGACGCUUUAUUUAAUAUUUUAAUGAGUAAUUCAGAUAGCGAUGUGUACGACGACAUGGUCUUUGAGUGCCUUUUAUAUAUUAUCGGCCUUGUAUCCGAUCGAAAGUAUCAGCAUUUCCAACCAGUGCUAGAUUUAUACAUUUCCGAAAGUUUUUCCGCAACUCUUGCAUAUAAGAAAUUAAUUGCGGUAUUACGUAAACGUAUAGACAUCGUCAGCAACAACGACGGCCAAGAACGUGAUUUAUUGCUUAAAACAAUGAAAAGUCUACAAUACUGUAUGAGGUUUAUUGUUGAAUCUCGUCUUCUAUACACUGAAUUAAAUCAGGAUGAAGAAGAAUUCUCACAAACGUUAACUGAACUAUUACAAUCUAUUGUUAAUCUUAUGAGUUAUGAAACAGAUGGUACAUUGUUGGUUCAAGGAGCUUGUUUAAAAUAUUUACCGACAACGAUACCUCAUUUGUUAAGGGUUUACAGCGGCAAGCAACUGAGCACAAUUUUGACAGAUUUGCUAGUGACUUUACCAGCAGGUAGAUUAACCAAGCAAAAAAUGAUGACUGUAAAUGAUAUUGUUCACAGUCCACUUUUUCUGGAUGUGGAAUGUAGAAAUAUUCUAUUACCGAGGGUUACCAUACUCGUAAAGGACUUACUGGAAGCGAAAGAAGAGGGGCUAUCAAGUACGCCUGGAAAGAGCGUGGCGAAGGUAGCCAGGUUGCUCGGCGAAAAUCGGCACCAGCUCAAGCAGCAUCGCGACUACUCCGGUAGAGAAGAGGUGGAAUUAUGCGUCAAGAUAUUGUCUGACAUUCUGGAGUUGACCUUCAGAAAAAAUAUAGGUAGCACAGUUUCGGAUGUCAGAGAGAUAAUGUUAACAGCGUUACGUACCAUUAUACAGACUGUUAUAUCAAUUGACAGGGAAAAUCCUUUGGUUGGGAACCUAGUCUCAGUUAUGUUGGCCAUAUUCAGGCAAAUGACACAACACCAUUAUGAAGUGUACAUCAAUCAUUUUGGAACGAAAAUCGAUUUACUCGACUUUUUAAUGGAGAUACUGUUAGUCUUCAAAGAUUUAGUUUCCAGAAGUGUAUUUCCAGGGGAUUGGUGUGAAAUGAUUAUGCUCCAAAAUAGUGUCAUCCUGAAAUCUUUACGAUAUUUCUCGGGCACUAUUAGAGAUUAUUUUUUCACCGAGUUCGAACAUCAAGCCUGGUCAAAUUUUUUUCAUUGUGCUAUUGCGUUCCUGACUCAACCUGCCCUACAGUUGGAGACGUUCACACCAGCGAAACGAAAUCGCAUUAUCGCGCGUUAUAACGAUAUGCGCAGGGAAACUGCAUUCGAAAUCCGAUCGAUGUGGUUCAACUUGGGACAACAUAAAAUACUCUUUGUACCUGCUUUAGUUGGUGCAAUUCUCGAGAUGGCAUUGAUACCUGAAACAGAAUUGAGAAAAGCUACUAUUCCCAUUUUUUUCGAUAUGAUGCAAUGCGAAUACUACAGUUCACGUAUAGUGGAAGGCUAUGGUGAUACAAAACGUGAUCCAGCUCAUAUCAAAGCCAAUUUUAUGGAAUAUGAAAACGAGAUGAUUGCGAAAUUAGACAUCUUGGUAGAAGGAGGCAGAGGUGACGAACAAUUUCGCACACUUUGGUCUCAGGUCAUGGGUUCAUUGUGUGAGAAACAUUCCACAAUGCGUGAACAAGGUUUACGCUUUGUGGAUACUAUUGCUAAACUUAUGGAACGCUUGUUACAAUAUCGUGAUAUUAUUCAUGCCGAAUCACAAGAGCAUCGUAUGCUUUGCACUGUGAAUCUAUUAGAAUUCUAUUCUGAGAUUAACAGAAAAGAAAUGUAUAUCAGGUAUGUAAACAAGCUUUGCGAACUACAUCUAGAAUGCGAUAAUUACACAGAAGCAGCUUAUUCUUUGAAGCUCCAUAGCCAAUUAUUAGCGUGGAGUGAUCAACCUCUGCCGCCUUUGUUAAUAUCACAUAGAUAUCCGUUAUGCCAAACACAUCGUGAACUGAAGGAGGCAUUGUACAAAAACAUCAUCGAAUAUUUUGACAAAGGAAGAAUGUGGGAAUGCGCUCUUGCCGUUUGUAAGGAAUUAGUAUCGCAAUACGAGGAAGAGACAUUCGAUUACUUGCAAUUGUCUGUGCUAUUAACUCGCAUGGCGAAAUUCUACGAUGCGAUAGUGAAGCAGUUAAGACCAGAACCAGAAUAUUUCAGAGUCGCAUACUACGGCAAGGGACAUCCUGUGUUUCUUCAAAAUAAGGUAUUUGUUUACCGAGGGAAGGAGUACGAACGACUAAGCGAUUUUUGCACAAGGACAUUGAAUCAAUUACCGAACGCAGAGCAAAUGAGCAAAUUAUCACCUCCUACUACAGAAAUGUUGGAAUCUAAUCAUCAGUAUGUACAGAUCAACAAAGUAGAACCGUUGAUGGAUGAAAAGAGGCACCGGCUUAGUGGCAAACCAGUUACUGCAGAAGCUGUUUUAAGGUAUCAUCGCGUGAACGACGUGCAGCGCUUCAGAUUUUCAAGGAAACCUGCACCGAGGAAAGAUACAGUUUCUGCGUUACCAGCUGGUAACGAUAAAGAAAAAGAAGCGAACGUCGGCGCCAACAAUAGCAAUGAAUUUGCUACAUUGUGGUUAGAAAGGACAGUACUUGUGACGAGCUACCCAUUGCCGGGAAUUCUUCGGUGGUUUCCUGUGACAUCUAGCGACACAUACUUGGUCAGCCCCUUGAGGAAUGCGAUUGAAACUAUGGAAGCUACAAAUACUGCAUUGAGAGAUCUCAUUAUUGCUCAUAAAAGCGACCCUAGUUUCCCACUAAAUCCUUUGAGUAUGAAAUUAAACGGCAUAUUAGAUCCUGCUGUUAUGGGUGGUAUCGAUAACUAUGAGAAGGCUUUUCUCAAUAUGGAAUAUAAGAAUAGUCACCCGGAAGAGAGUUCUGAUCUACUCAAGUUGGAAGGCCUUAUCGCAGAACAAAUCCCUCUACUCAGCGUGGGACUUCAAUUGCAUAAAACACGAGCACCUACUGAAUUAGCACCAUUUCAUAACCGUUUAGAACAGUGUUUCAUGUCGAUGCGUGCUCAUGUGGAAACUAAAUACGGAAAAAGAACAUGCGACUUGCAAAUUGAAAGCUUAACGCAAACUGUAACCAUGCGAAGACCACCGACUUCAAGAGGAGAUAAUCACAGUCUGUCCGAGUCAAAUAUGAUUAAUACAGAGAACAAUUCCGUACGUUCGCAUAUCUUGUCUACGGCCUCAUUGCAAAAAGCCUUGGGAAGUCCGAGUCCAGGAACGUAUAAAAAGAAGGACGCAAAGCGUAGAAGUUCACGAAAGAGUGAUACCGCGACAGUAACGAAAACCGAUCAACCGACUAGCCAGUGGUACACGACCGACAUAUCUCAUAGUUCGACGACGUCCAUUACAUCGUUACUAUCUAGUCUCCACGCAGCACCUGUAUUCGAGCUUCGACAAGAGCUCACACCGAAACGUCCCCUAAGAUCGGAAGUGGAGAGAGAACGGAGGGUGAGCAACAGGUGGUCUGGUCAGUCGCAACAUUACUUGAGGAAUGUGAAUAAUGGACUAGACUUGAGCAGUUUGGGAAAGGGAAAUAGAGAUAGCAUCGGCACGACCGACAGCACAGCGUCCGAGGACGACCCGCCGCCGCCUCUGCCGAUUAAAACACGCGAAGCCGAUUAUGGUAAUCUUUCGGAUGAAUUAUCCUCUCAGCAAAGCGGGGCAGGUGCCUUAAACAGUCUAAAAUCGUUGGGGCAGUGGACGAAGAACAAGCUGCCGACGCCCACCGAUGACCUAGACGGUCACUCAAAACCACCGACACCUCCUCCGAAACCGAAAAGACCGGCUUACAGUCUGAAUACGAUGAUCGUGCUUUCCUCCAAUAACGACGAGAACGCUGAGGAUGUAUCGACCGCAUAACUUCUUAGUAUAUGCCUCACUUGUCCAUCUUGCCGCGAAAGUUGUGAACAAAAUAAGCGUCCAUUCAUGUUUGUGACUGCGUUAAUUUUCGUAUAUCGAUCCUUAGCAGAGUUACCAUUUUCUAGAGUUAGCAUUCUAGUAUAUUUUCUUUGUGCCUUUCUUUCGGCUUAAGAUGAACGAAUAGAUUAUAUAAGCUAACCCUAUCACGCAAGAACUAUUAAUGUAUACUCUGUAGACCAAAAGGUAUUAUUCUAUCUAUUCUGAGCGAGCAAUAUUAUAUUGAUAAUACCAAGAGUCCAAAAAUUAGUUUGAAUAUAAACAAAAUAGCAUUCUAUGAUUUACAGUGCACAUGUGACGUGAAAUACGGCGACGAGAAGCAAAAUUCAA